CCGUGAUAGUUUGCGGUCAAGCCAUAUGCACAUACAAGUCACUAACUCCAUUAACAGGAGAACUUCAAAGAGAGUCGAAAAUGGCGGGACUUUCAACAUCUCACAUAAACCCUAAUCCUAACGUUAAACUUACUCUUAGACACCAAAUUUGCAGCUCAUUCAACAAACAAAAUCAGUUAUUCUCCAUUUCACCUUCUUCGAUUAAAUUUAGAUGCAAAAAAGGGGGAAAUUUAGGGUUGAGUGCAGUUUGUGGCUCAUAUAAUUUCGACGUAGUAGUCGUUGGAGCUGGAAUAAUUGGAUUAAGUAUUGCUAGAGAUCUUCUUCUUCGUUCCAAUCUCUCUGUCGCUGUUGUCGAUGCAUCCGUUCCUUGCUCCGGUGCUACUGGUGCUGGACAGGGCUACUUAUGGAUGGUGCAUAAAACACCUGGUACUGGUGUAUGGAAUCUUGCACUGAGAAGCCAAAAGAUGUGGCAAUCGUUGGCGGACAGCGUACAGAAUGACGGCUCUGAUCCCUCAGAAGCAUUGGGUUGGAGGGAAACAGGAAGCUUGUUAAUUGGUAGGACAGAAGAUCAAGUUAAGCAAUUGAAAAGCCGGGUGCAGCAAUUAUCUGCAGCUGGGAUAAGGGCAGAGUAUUUGUCAGACAAAGAUCUGAAUAUUAGGGAACCCGAACUUGAAAUUAACCCACAUAGUGGGGCUGCCUUUCUGCCCAAUGAUUGCCAAUUAGAUGCUUAUCGUACAAUGGCAUUUAUAGAAAAGGGUAACAGACUCUUUACAUCACAAGGUAGAUAUGCAGAGUUCUAUCAUGAUCCAGCAGUAUGCUUGAUAAGAUCAAAUGGAAAAGGAAAGAUUGAUGGUAUCAAGACUCAAAAGAACACUUUAUAUGGUCGAAAAGCCGUUAUAAUUGCCGCAGGUUGUUGGACAGGAUCUUUGAUGGACAAGUUACUACAGGAGUCAGAUAUUGCGUUACAUGUUCCCAUUCAACCUCGGAAGGGUAUGCUGCUGGCCAUAGAGAACUUCCAUUACCUUAGACUUAAGCACGGUGUUAUGGAAGCUGGUUAUGUCGAGCAUCAAAAAUCUGUCAUAAGUGCGUCAGAACAGGUUGCCGAAGAUGAAAGCUUGUCUAUUUCAAUGACAGCAACUAGAGAUGCAAGUGGGAAUCUUUUGAUUGGAAGCAGCCGUCAGUUUGCUGGAUUUAACACUGAAAUGAAUGCAUUCAUUGUUAAUCGCAUAUGGGAACGUGCUCAAGAGUUUUUCCCUGCACUAAAAGAAUUCUCAGUCGAAACAUUGAGUGAACAGAUGAAUGUUAGAAUAGGUUUACGCCCUUACAUGCCUGAUGGCAAACCAGUUAUCGGUACAGUUCCCGGUGUGUCUAACCUAUUCCUUGCAAGUGGGCAUGAAGGAGGAGGCCUUAGCAUGGCUCUCGGAACAGCUGAAAUGAUCACCGACAUGAUCUUGGAUAACCCUUUGCAACUUGAUUGUAAGCCUUUUGCGGUUGAAGGUCGAUGUUGCUGAUAAGCUGAAAUGGUCAGAACUCAGGCGUCCGUUCACUGCAAGUCAGGGAGGCAUCGUUUGUGCAUUUCAGGUACAUACUUCGAUUUUGAGGGUUCAGAUUGUGAUAGAGUCUCUUGAUCUCACAACUUAUAAAUUAUAAUAAAGCUGGAAUGAUUUACUCUAUUUUCUCUUUUUAGAUUGACUUCUUACUUUCUUUGAGAGUUGUUCUUAGAAUACUCGUAUGAGUCUACGACCAUUGAAGACUUGCUAUGCCCGUAGGUGGGAUUGUUAAUGAGCCAACUUGGAUCGCAAAACUAUUUGAGCUUGACUCGAGAUUUUAGAGCCGAAUACAUCUAAGUUCUGCUCGAGAAACUUGUGAAAAAGACUUGAAAUGCUUUUUAUUCAUAUUGCUUUUGGAUAUAAUAAAAAAAAAAUCGUUAGAGUUAGCGCACAA